UUGUAAAUGAAUGAAAAAGCGGUAUAUAACUCGAUAGACUCUUGGAGUAAGAGCAUCUAAUAAGACUUUGUCGUUUUUCUUUGAAUUAAUAAAUUGAACUUAAAAGAAAGAAAUGCAGAUACUAUCGCAACUUAAGUCUUUAAAACGUUUUACUGAUUUAUAUAAAAGGCGUUGGGUGUCACGAAGUUGUACAGAUGUAAAGGAUGUGGAAUUGACGAAAGAAUUGAAACACUGUAUUGAGAAGCAUUGGUGUAAAUAUUUAAAUCAAAAACAAUUUAAUGAUACAGCACUAGGUAACAAAUUUUAUGUGUUAUCCAUGUUUCCAUAUCCUUCCGGAAAUUUACAUAUGGGUCAUGUACGUGUGUAUACGAUUAGUGAUGCAAUAGCUCGCUUCCAAAGAAUGUGCGGUAAAAAUGUAUUCCAUCCAAUGGGGUGGGAUGCUUUUGGAUUGCCAGCUGAAAAUGCAGCUAUACAACGAGGUAUAGAACCCAAAGUUUGGACAGAACGAAAUAUUGCACAAAUGAAACAGCAAGUAACAGAUUUGGGAUGUUCGUUUGAUUGGUCGCACGAGUUGAACACUUGCAGCUUAGAAUAUUAUAAAUGGACGCAAAAACUUUUCCUUAUGCUCUAUAACGAAGGGAUGGCUUAUCAGAAUGAGGCUUUAGUGAAUUGGGAUCCGGUAGAUAAAACAGUACUGGCUGACGAGCAAGUCGAUGAUAAUGGUUGCUCUUGGCGUUCAGGUGCAAAAGUAGAGAAACGCUUAUUGAAACAAUGGUUUAUCAAAAGCACUGCCUAUGCCAAACAAUUAUUAGAAGGUCUAGAUGAUUGCACACUUAAGGAUUGGAGAGAUAUUAUUAACUUACAACGCCAUUGGAUAGGAGAAUGCAAUGGUUACAGUUUUCAGUUGCUUACAUCUGGGUCAAAUUAUUUACGCGUCUGGACUGCUCAACCCGAGCAUUUUAAGGAUCCUAACGCUUUCGUCGUGCUCAAAACUGAACAUUACCUGGGUAAAGUGGCACAAGACGAAGUACAUAUGACCGUUGAAAAUCCUUUUACAGGCACUAUAAUGCCAUUAAUAUUUAGUAAUGAGCCAGCUUUUCCUGAAAAAUGCGAUGUUUACUUAGCUGCUCCCAAUUUUCGUGAAGAGGAUAAAGAAUUGCAGAGAUCGCUUAGUCUUAGUUUCUUUGCUGAUAACGAAUUAAACUUUGAAAGCCUAAAAGUGGUUGAUUUACGAAACGAUGUUUUAGAAACCGCUGGGCGCCUUAAACUUGGUGGAUAUAGUGUAUCCUCAAAACUGCAAGAUUGGCUAAUAUCGCGACAAAGGUACUGGGGUACUCCUAUACCUAUAAUACAUUGUGAUAAAUGUGGCGCUGUACCGGUACCGGAUUCCCAAUUGCCGGUGAGAUUACCUGAAAAGUCUGCCUUCAAAAGCGCAGUUAAGGAUAUUUUGGAAUGCUCUUGUCCCAAAUGCGGCAAUACUGCCGCGCGCCCCGAGACGGAUACAAUGGAUACGUUUUUUGACAGUUCUUGGUACUAUUUACGUUAUUUAGAUGCAAAUAAUAAACAUGAAAUGUUUGACAAACGUUUAGCACAUCAAUGUAUGCCGGUGGAUUUGUACAUUGGUGGUAAAGAGCAUGCCGUCCUACAUUUAUAUUAUGCGCGUUUUAUAAAUCAUUUUUUGCACAGUCAGGGCUUAGUACCAACACAGGAGCCUUUUUCGCGUCUUUUAGUUCAGGGUAUGGUUAUGGGUCGUUCCUACCGUGUUAAAGGGAGCGGUCGUUACGUCCAGGAGCACGAAGUUGAAAUUGUAAAUGCCAAACGAAAUCAGGCAAUCAUGAAGGAGACAAAAGAGCCAGUGGUGAUAUCGUGGGAGAAAAUGUCCAAGUCAAAAAUGAAUGGCGUGGAUCCGACAGACAUGUUCAGAGAAUACGGCACUGACACAACAAGAUUAAUAAUAUUAGCCGAUGUAGCGCCAACCUCCCAUCGUAACUGGUCAAAUGCGACGUUUCCGGGAAUUCUGAAUUGGCAAAAGCGUUUAUGGCGAAUGGUUAACGAGUUCUGUGAUUUGCGGUCCUCUCCAGAAAGCUGCAAGAUUGACAUAAACAGUAUUGAGUUCAAAGCGGAAGAGGACAAGUUAUUUGAUGCUCGCAAUUUCUAUAUUAAGGGGGUCACAUUUAAUUAUCGUCAUGCCUAUCAAUUAAGCGUGGCCAUAUCCAAAAUGCAAGGUCUGACCAAUUCUUUAAAGCGAGCUUCGAAAUCCACCCAGGUCUUUAGCAAAGAAUACGAACGAUCUCUGGCAGCCCAAUUAAUAAUGCUGGCACCAAUGGCUCCUCAUUUUACAUCUGAAUUGUGGUCGAAGUUUGUUUCUGCGCCCAAUCGUUUAAAUACUUCGCCUACUGAUUUCAAUUGGGAAACAGAUGUGCUCGCUCAAAGAUGGCCAGAAAUCGAUCAACAGUACAAAGUCGAUUUGACCGUUAAAGUGAAUGGUUUCGAAAAUUGUAUUAUAAAAAUAGCCCGCAGCCACAUUGAUAAUGUUACGCACAAUGAUGCCCUAGAUUUAGCAUUUAAUACUGAUUCAGUGACUUCGUAUUUGAUAGAUAAAAAAAUACGUACAACAAACUUUGCUCUCUAUCCGGGAAUUGAAGCUGUUCUUAAUAUUUAUGUCGAUAAAGUGAAACAAGAGAAGUCAAAUUCCAGGGCAACAACAGGUUCUAAAGAAGGCGGUGCUAUAGUUUGAAAUACAAAUUUAUUUAAUUUGGAUACAAAAGUGUUUAUUAAAUAAUAUCUAUGUACAUUUAACAAAUCGGCAGAUGACGCGAAGGCAA